UUAAUUGAAUCUUGCUAACAAAAAUGUUGCAUGAGAUCCUCCUAGCCCUGAUAGGCCAUACUGGUAAUAUCAUUGUUGAAGAAGAAGGCCAAUUUAAGGUCAGCAACUCUAUUGAGUUCCUUACAGAAGCUGAGGUAGAACAGGUUAAUAAAGUAGUCAUCCUUGGAAUUUACUACAAGCAAAUCACAGAUUUUGUCAAGAGAAAUAGCGGACUAAAUUCCCAAAUCCCCUUCCUUUUAUGAAUGGAGGACCUCAAAGAUGAUAAUGAUGAUGAAGAGAUAGAAGUCACUAGCGUAUAUGUGAAAUCUUUCUGUGCUGGUGUUCAAGAAGUCCUAAAUCUGUAUAAAGAGCAUAUACUAGCAAUUGAGCAUGAAUAUUUUGUUAAUGAUAGUCUUAAUAUCACUCAUCUCAGCCAGAAGUUAUCCCUUUUCUACCAGCUAUUGCCAUCACUUACAGGGUGUAUUUAUGAAAUUGAGAGCCAAGAGCUUAAAGGAGGUCAAUUACUUGAUCUAGUCUAUCAAAAUUGUAAUGUUGGAAAUCCCAUAAUCAAAUCAAUGUUCACAAAAAUCCUAUUUUUCUGCAACAAAGUUUUGUAUCAUCAAAUCAAUGCUUGGAUUGUCCAUGGUCAGCUCCUUGAUAUAAGUGACGAAUUCUUCAUUCAUAUGAUUGAUAAAGGAGAAGAAGCUCCAGAGGGACAAUCAAAGAUAGAUGCCUCAAGGACUAUGAAAGAUGGCUCCAACGCUAGUGUGAUGUCUGUAGGAUCUAAUGCUACUUUCUACAGAAUCAAAGCAGUAUUAGGAAAGAAUUUACAAGAAGAUGAGAAGGAGUGGAACAACUUAUUCACUUUAAGGCUCAGCAUGCUUCCCCAUUCGUAUUUCCCAUCUAAACUUGCUGAUAAAAUUCUCUUUAUUGGCAAAGCGGUCAGGAUGCUUCAAAGUAACAAGACCGGUGAGGAAGACAGGAUUCAGGUUGAAGAUCUCAAAGCCUUCUCUGCUGCAAUUUCCAAACUCCAAAGUAUCAAGGAGUUCAACCUACCUCUCUUCAGUAAGGUCAUCCAAGUGAUCGGAGAUUGUGUUGCUAAGAAAUUAUGGAACUUAGUUGUGGUAAAAGGUGACUUACUCACCCACCUCCAGAACAUGAAGGACUUCUUCCUCCUCGGAAAUGGAGAGUUCUUUCAUUUCUUUGUUGAAGAGUCAAGAAGUCUGAUGUCACUUCCCCCAACGGCAAAGGCAGAUUAUGAGAUUAACCUUGGCCCUUAUAUGAAGACUAAAAAUAUACUAGGAAAAGAAGAUGAUGAGAUCUUCAAGAAGUUCAAAUUCAGAAUGAGAUCAUUCUCAUUUAACUUCAAAGAUUUCAGAACUAGAGAUCAUCUCAGUUGUCCAGGAGCUGUGUUUCAAAAUAGAGGAACAAAGUACCUGAAAAUAGCGGCUACUAGGAAAUCCAGAAGAUCUGGAGCUAUUUGGCAUAGUUUCAAGCAGAAAAUAGAUACAGGGUUUAAAACCAACUUUAACUUCAAAAUCAAAAACCAUAUUGUCCUGAAUAGUUAUGGAGGAGAUAAUGUAAAUAAUAUGUCAAUGAUGAGUUCUUCUCCUUUUGGGUUCGCAGAAACUCCCAGAAAGACUGGCCCAGGGGGUGAUAGGGAUCAUAUCAUGCAGAGCACAAAUCGUAUCAGUGGAGGAUUGCACGAUGAUUACCCAAAUCUUAGAAUGUCAAUGCAUGGAAAUUUAGGAGGAGCUGACGGCGCAGGAGCCCAGCAAACUGAUAGAGUAUCCAUUGGGGGAGAAAUCAAUGAAAUCAACCCAUUAUCUGUUUCUCUUGUAGUCAUACUUCAGGCCCAAAAAGAUGUAAUCGCUAGUAAAUAUUCUGCUCCAAUCUCGACCAAAGAUCUUCAAGAAUAUAUUGCUAUUAAAUUUAACUCGACAUUUUACCCAACUGGAGAUAAUGGAGGAGUUUCUGUUUAUAGUAGCAAAUUCAGAGGUCAGCUUUCGAUCACGAAUUCUGUUUCAGUUUGGGCUACAAGCAAAGAUCCUUUUGGAAAUUUUGAUAAUCCAUUAACCAAUAAUUCCCCGAACAGAGACAACACAAGACUUGUUGAUCAAGUUGAUUUACCUUAUGAUGUGGAUAUAAUCGAUGGAGAGCAACACUCAGUAAAAAUUGAAUUUGAAAAAGAUGUACUGAAGGUCUACAUUGAUCAAUACUCUCAAGAUCCUGUUCUAAGCACCCCAAUCAGGAUUGAAGAUUCUAUUGAGCUUGAUAACGGAUCUUGUUAUAUAGGAAUUGCUCAAGAAACUUUCCUGACUAAUAACAUUACUGAAAUUUUUAAUUGGUCCUUAAUGAGCUCAACCCAAAGUUUUAGUAAAGACUCUUGGAGUGGGCUAUCACUAGAAUACAAAGCACAGUGGCCUAUUCAUCUGUUCCUGUCCCCAACUAUCCUUGAGAACUACAAUAGAUUGUUCAGGUUCCUGUUUCCGUUGAGAAGAGUUCAGAUAGACCUCCAAAAUGACUGGAACAACCUGAAGAGAAUCUAUGAUGUAUUCGAUGAAGAACAGAUGCGUUUCGUGAUGGCGAUGAGAGCAAGGUUAAAUAACUUCAUCAACAACAUCAUGUCAUACCUCCAGCUUGAUGUGAUUGAGACUCAAUGGUUCAAGCUUAGUACUGGAAUUGAGAAAUGCCAGGACUUUGAGGAGGCAAGGAAGUUACAUGAGAACUACCUCUCGACACUUUCUAGUAAGUUCUUCUUAUCUAUGGAGAAGAUCAUCAAAAUCAUGCAGGAUAUUUCUCACUUAGUCAUGCGCUUUAGCAUGCAAUGCAAACUCAUCGUCGAAGCAGCUACAAUGAAGCAGACUCAAGAGCUUGUAAUGGAAGAUGAGGAAAUUAAAGAGGAAGACUCCUUUAUUCCUAAGACCAUUUUCAGAGAAAUCAAUGACAUUAAAGCUGACUUUUCAGUCCUGAGCAAGCUCAUCUUCAAGAUUCUCAACAGAAGGAAGGGUGUUGAUAACUCAACCUUCUUAUCACAGUUGUUCUAAGAUGAUUUGUAUAAGUUCCAAGCAAGUUCUAACAAUUUCAAUA